AGAGAGAAAGGUUGUGAUGGCGGCUAUCGCUGCAUCCGAGGUGCUGGUGGACAGCGCGGAAGAGGGGUCCCUCGCUGCGGCGGCGGAGCUGGCCGCUCAGAAGCGCGAACAGAGACUGCGCAAAUUCCGGGAGCUGCACCUGAUGCGGAAUGAAGCUCGUAAAUUAAAUCACCAGGAAGUUGUGGAAGAAGAUAAAAGACUAAAAUUACCUGCAAAUUGGGAAGCCAAAAAAGCUCGUUUGGAGUGGGAACUACAGGAAGAAGAAAAGAAAAAGGAAUGUGCAGCAAGAGGAGAAGACUAUGAGAAAGUGAAGUUGCUGGAGAUCAGUGCAGAAGAUGCAGAAAGAUGGGAGAGGAAAAAGAAGAGGAAAAACCCUGAUCUGGGAUUUUCAGAUUAUGCUGCUGCCCAGUUACGCCAGUAUCAUCGGUUGACCAAGCAGAUCAAACCUGACAUGGAAACAUAUGAGAGACUGAGAGAAAAACAUGGAGAAGAGUUUUUCCCAACAUCCAAUAGUCUUCUUCAUGGAACACAUGUGCCUUCCACAGAGGAAAUUGACAGGAUGGUCAUAGAUCUGGAAAAACAGAUUGAAAAACGAGACAAAUAUAGCCGGAGACGUCCUUAUAAUGAUGAUGCAGAUAUCGACUACAUUAAUGAAAGGAAUGCCAAAUUCAACAAGAAAGCUGAAAGAUUCUAUGGGAAAUACACAGCUGAAAUUAAACAGAAUUUGGAAAGAGGAACAGCUGUCUAAUCCCUUCAAGAACUGUUUAUAGAAGCUUGAGAAUGGGGUAAAAAUUUCUGCUAGCAAAAUCAAGUUCUUUUUGAAAUUUUAUCAGUAAUCCAGAAUUUAGUAGUCUAUGCCUUCUCACUCAGCAUUUAGAAAUAAAAAUGUGGUUUCUUAAACGUAUAUCCUUUCAUGUAUAUUUCCACAUUUUUGUGCUUGGAUAUAAGAUGUAUUUCUUGUAGUGAAGUUGUUUUGUAAUCUACUUUGUAUACAUUCUAAUUAUAUUAUUUUUCUAUGUAUUUUAAAUGUAUAUGGCUGUUUAAUCUUUGAAGCAUUUUGGGCUUAAGAUUGCCAGCACACACAUCAGAUGCAGUCAUUGUUGCUAUCAGUGUGGAAUUUGAUAGAGUCUAGACUCGGGCCACUUGGAGUUGUGGACUCCAAAGCUAAGGACAGUGAUGAGGAAGAUGGCAGUGGCCACUGGAGGACUGGAGCAGUCCCUCCUCAUGGCGGCCUGUGACCAAGGUCAGGGAGGAGUGGAGCUAUCCUUCCAUGAUCUGAUCAUGUACAGUUCCCUUUUUAAAAAGCAAUAAAUGCUUGGGAUUAGAA